ACUCUUGGCAUCCACUUCGCUGGAAAUUUUCUGCCUUGCCAGCCAAUCUCCUGCGUGGACCCUGGUCGGCUUACACAGUGUGCAGUACGGACAGUACUAAAAGGAACAUCUCCGAGGCAUCAGUUUCUCAGUUUCGGCUUCAAGGCAAAACACGACCCUCGGUGGGCUCCCACACUAGCAUGGGUAACGACCCACGAUGUGAUCUACAUAUUAACCAUGCAUUGCGCGACUUCUUGGCGAUCGCGGAACUCCUCGCCUUCUCCUCGCCCUUUCGUCACCCCUUCUUCAUAUGACAUGACGAAAUGGGAGUAUUGGCUAUCCCUUCGCGUGUCCAGCGCACGCACCCGUGGUUGCUGGCGUGUAUCCUCGUAGUUAUGCUUCUCGGGCUCUACUGUGCCCGGCAUAUCCUCUACGAGACAUGGACACUCGCCGCGCUGCCCUUCGUCUGGACUCACCACGCUGAGCGCUUCUACAUCUCGGCGGAGCGCGACGGUUUCGAUAUCACCUUCGCCAACUAUAGCAUCCACCAGACCAGCGCUGCCCCGAGUGCCGACCUCGUUCCGCCCAUUCUCCAUCACAUAUCGCUCGGCUCAGGCGCUGCCACUCACUCAAAAUGGGCCGCCGUGCGACAGAGCUGCCUCGAUAUGCAUCCGGGCUGGGACGCCUUCCUCUGGACGGACGAGACGGCCAAUGAGCUGGUUGCCGACAGCUUCCCCGAGCUAUACGAGAUGUGGACGACAUAUCGCUAUCCAAUACAAAAGAUCGAUGCCCUGCGGUACAUGGUGCUGUACAAGUACGGAGGCAGCCAUAUUGCAGGCGUCAUUUUGGAUAUGGAUCUGCAGUGCAAGCGAGCCCUCGGGCCCCUCCGACGGUUUGAGUUCGUAGCGCCAGCCGCCCAUCCGACGGGAUUCUCCAUCGGCUUCAUGAUGGCGAGCAAGGGCAACGAAUACGUCGGGAAGCUGGUGAAGAACCUCGCCCGAUACAACAGGCACUGGCUGGGCCUUCCCUACCCAACAGUCAUGUUCAGCACCGGGUGCCACUAUGCCUCCACCGUACACGCCUUCCAGCGCCACCGGACCGAGCUAAAAAUCCUGGCCGGGCCUAAGGAAGACCCCAGGCUGCACAGCCUCAACGGUCCCGUAUCGACUCCCAUCUUCAACCACCUCGGCAGCUCGUCAUGGCACUCGUACGACGCGGCCAUGAUUGUCUCGCUGGGCAAGCGCCACGGCUUGCUGCCGCUGGCAUUCAUUGCCGCGAUUGGCGCUAUGUUCUUCACCAUUAGGAGGACGAAGAAGCGGAGGGUUACUAUGCUUAAGGGUUGA